UUCUCUUCUGAGCUCUUACCCUCUUCUGAGCUCUCUCUCUCUCUCUCUCUCUCUCUCUCUUCCAUGGAGAACCAGGGCACGACCACAUGCGAGAAGAUCAACGGAAUGGCGAACUUGCUGGGCACCUAUGUGGCGUCGGCGUUCUUCGCGUCUCUCGAACGCUGCUCCUGUAUCAACCUCUCCACCACCGACGACCACGACGCCGACGCCGACGAGAGCCACGACCGCCCUCUCAUGCUCUCCUCCUCCAGAUCCCUCAACCUAUCCGACCACCGCGUCUCCGCCUCUCGGAACGACGUCGUCAACCUCCCCGUCUGAGAUCCCGAGGUCGAGGUCUUCCUCUUUCUGUCUCCAUUUUCUCUGUAAUCUCUUGAAAACUUUGUAAUCAGAAAUUAACGAAAUCGUUUGUUUGAUUAAUUUUUUCUUUCUCGUCUUCUUUUUGGUAUUGUAUUAAUGAUUUCUUGAUGUGUUCGUUCGGAGGAUUAUCGCGGAACCGAAUUGAAAGAAUGAUGAAUUUUCCCUCUUUUCA